CCGACCCCGCCCCCGGCGCGACCACAGCGCUCCCCCAGCUCAGUCUGGCUGGCCCCAUGCUACUGAGCGGAGCCCCUCCGGCGGGCUCCGGCCCGGGGCCGCGGGCUCAGGGGAGCGCGGGGAGCGGCCCGGGCGGGUCGCGCCGGGGCGCUGGGGGUACCGGAGCCGGCCCAGGAGGAGGCAGCAGUGGCGGAGUAGCCAAGUGGCUCCGGGAGCACCUGGGCUUCCGUGGUGGGGGCGGCGGCGGAGGUGGGGGCAAACCGGCUCCCCCGGAGCCGGACUAUCGCGCCCCAGUACCCUCUCCCGCCGCACCCCCCGCACCACCCCCGGACAUCCUGGCUGCCUACCGGCUGCAAAGGGAGCGUGACUUCGAAGACCCCUACUCCAGGGGUCCGUCUGGCUCCGCUGCCCUAGCCACCCCGGCGGUUCCCGGCCCCACGCCGCCCCCGCGCCACGGCUCGCCCCCCCACCGCCUUAUUCGGGUCGAGACCCCGGGUCCCCCAGCGCCCCCGCCCGAGGAAAGGAUCUCUGGAACCCCAGCCAGCAGCGACAGGUUGGCAAUCCUAGAAGACUAUGCAGACCCGUUUGAUGUCCAGGAGACUGGUGACGCCCCAAUUGGAGCUUCAGGAGCCCCAGAGAAGGUCCCAGAAAAUGAUGGCUAUAUGGAGCCCUAUGAGGCCCAAAAGAUGAUGGCCGAGAUUCGGGGCUCCAAGGAGACUGCAGCUCAGCCCCUGCCUCUGUAUGACACACCCUAUGAGCCAGAGGAGGAGGGGGCCACCCCGGAGGGUGAGGGGGCCCCCUGGCCCCGGGAGUCCCGCCUGCCUGAGGAUGAUGAGAGGCCCCCUGAGGAGUAUGACCAACCCUGGGAGUGGAAGAAGGAGCGAAUUUCCAAGGCCUUUGCUGCUGGUACCACGGGGCCAUCAGCCGAACAGAUGCCGAGAACCUGCUCCGGCUGUGCAAAGAGGCCAGCUACCUGGUGCGCAACAGUGAGACCAGCAAGAAUGACUUCUCCCUGUCCCUCAACUCUAGCCUCCAUCAAGUCUGGAACAGUCCGAGGCAAGGGGAGACUGCAGGGGUCUGGCUCCCUGAGCAGAGCACAGCAGAACACAGACAGCCCUGCCUUAGCCUGGGGAGUACAGGGGGGAACAGGCCUGGACGCCAGGCUCCAGCCCAGGCUGAUCGGCUGCCACCAGCAGUCUGGCAGAGCCUCUUUUGCAUAUAAAUGGCUUCUGGGAAAUACAAUUAUGGUUUCUCCUCUCUCUGUAAUGGAAGGGCUUUCACUGGUAAUUAAACAGCUUCCUCCAAAAGUCAAGCCAGCCUUGGCCCUGCGGCCCAGCUAGUCCCACCCAGGCUCCCUGAGGGUCUGGCAAGGGUUCUGCUCCAUCCUAAUGGACCCUUGGGACUUUGUCUUAGGAAGUCAGUUAUCCAAGUGGAGGCUGAGCUCUCAGUUUGCACCUCUGGCCUCUUGCUGCUUGUUGCCCUUUUUGGCCAGAUCUGUCCCUUAAAGAGGGACAGUUUUUAGGAGAGGUGAUUUUCCCAAGUAGACUGCAGGAAAGGGGCUGUCCCCAAACUGUGAGAGACCGAGGGAAGGCAGGGCCCAUGCUGCUGCCACAGCCUUGGGUCUGGAUCUUGGCACAGGGCAGACGGGAGGGGACCACUUACUCCCUCCCCUCUCUACGGUCCCGGGGCACUGUUCAUUUUCCUGAGGCCCUUGACUCCUUUCUCCAGGGCCUGUGUGGUCACUGCCAGCCUCAGUGGUUAUCUCAGACCUACAGAUGAAGGAUGGCCCCACACCCUGAUGCACACACCCGGGACUGGGGGCCCCCAGCAGGCUCUAUAGGACACUGUACUCUGGGGAGGGGAGGGAAGGAUGAAGUUAAGGGCCUGUGUUUUCCUCUCAUCCCUUCCCCUCUUCAAUCAUCCCACUCUCCCACCUUUCUCACUGACAGGCCUAGUGAAAUAGUUUCAGUCAGAGCCCUCUUUGUGCCCAGGCAGGGAAAGCAAGUGAGGAGGUUUGCCAGCUCCUCAAAAUGAGUGGGGGCCUCACCAUGAGUCGGCCUCCUCACCUGUCCUACCUCCCACACCUGCUUCUGAGCCCUGUCCUUGUCCUCAGGUAGAUUCUGGCCAGCAGGCUCCCCCAAGCAGUGCUGACCAUUUGACUGUGGGUGAGUUUCAGGCCUGGGGCCUGGCCACCCAUGACUGUGGCAGUUCGGACAAACGUCAUUUUUGCUCUGGCAUCACCUCCACACUCUCUCUGAGGCUGAGGGUGCCCAGACGUCUGGGAGAUAGCCAGAGCCCUGAGUAGGGGGUCCUCGUCUUGUGGACAGGGCCAGCCACUAAUGUUGGUUUCCUCCCUUCAGCCUGUGGCUGGGAGAUGGGAGAGGCAAUGGAGCAUGUCCUCGCUGAGAAAGGGAAUGGGGCCGCAUCCUCAGCAAUAAUGUCGGCCCAGGCUGAAGGGCUGGAUGAGCCAGCUGGGGGCUUGACCCAAGGCCCAGUCAGCAGCAGGGUGAAGGGAUGUCCGCAGGAAAAGGUGGCUGACUAUCCCCAGAUUUGGGGAGUAGCUUGCCCCCUCUCCCAGCAUCUGCAAGAGAGUGCCCCAAACAAGAUUCUCUUGGUUGUCACAUCUGUCCAGCACUGUCCUGCCAAGGGUGUCGUGUCUCUGCAGGAGUGACCAGGAGCCCCUCACUGGUGUCCUCCCUCACCGCCCAGAGAGGGGGGUAAGGUGAACUGGUCCAGGCCUCAUAGGCUGGAAGGCAGGAGUUCCUGGAUACCAGGGUUUGGGGUUGGGGUGGGAGGUGUUGGUCCCUCCAGUUGCCACCUGCACAUACCCUGUACACUCACCAGACAUACAUUCUUGGCACACCCAGUGCCCUUAGCACAAAGCCAAUACCUACUGUUACCUACUCACAAAACCCCCUCCGCCCCCAGCUUUCCAGACUGACUUCCACCUUCCCUAGUCACUGCCGCUCUCUGCUGGUCUGGAACAAGACAUUUGCUGCCAGGAUGGAGGAGGGGAAGGGGAAUGGAGAGGGUUCCCCCUCAUCAGGGUCUCCUC